AACAAAUAAAUCAAAAAUCGCGAUUUGGUUCCAUAAUUGAUUCCUGCGUCAAAGUCCAGCUAUAUCUCUUCCACGAUCUCAUUUCAAUUCUCACCCAACAACUCAACCAUGGGUGAAGAACACGACAAUUCCACUGCCACAACAACAACAUCAUCAACAUCCAUAAACUACACUCCCAACAAACCCACAAAAAAAAUAACUCUAAUCCCUCUAAUUUUCCUCAUCUACUUCGAAGUAGCCGGCGGCCCAUACGGUGAAGAGCCAGCCGUUCAAGCCGCCGGCCCACUUUUCGCCCUUCUCGGCUUCCUCAUUUUCCCUUUCAUUUGGAGUAUCCCCGAAGCCCUUGUGACUGCCGAAUUAACCACCGUGUUUCCUGGAAACGGUGGUUUCGUAAUUUGGGCCGAAAAAGCUUUCGGCCCAUUCGCCGGCUCAUUAAUGGGUACAUGGAAAUUUCUUAGCGGUGUAAUUAACAUAGCAGCUUUCCCUGCUCUUUGCAUCGAUUAUGUCAAAAAAGUUUUCCCUGUUUUUGAAUCUGGUUGGCCUCGUUCUGUAGCAAUUCUUGCUUCAACACUUUCACUUUCUUUUCUUAAUUACACUGGUUUAUCUAUUGUCGGUUAUGUUGCUGUUGUUCUUGCAAUUGUUUCUUUGUCACCUUUUGUUUUAAUGUCUCUUAUUGCUAUCCCUAAGAUAAAUCCUCAUAGGUGGAUUAGUUUGGGACAAAAGGGUGUUAAAAAGGAUUGGAAUCUUUUUUUCAAUACUCUUUUUUGGAACUUGAAUUUUUGGGACAAUGUUAGUACUUUAGCUGGUGAAGUUGAUAAACCUAAAAAAACAUUUCCUUUGGCUCUUUUAAGUGCGGUUGUGUUUACUUGUGUUUCUUAUUUGAUUCCACUUUUUGCUGUUACUGGAGCUGUUUCUGUUGACCAAACUGAUUGGGAAACUGGGUUUCACGCGCAAGCUGCUGAGAUUAUUGCUGGUAAAUGGUUGAAAAUUUGGGUUGAAAUUGGUGCUGUUUUAUCAGCAAUUGGGCUUUUUGAGGCCCAAUUAAGUAGUAGUGCUUAUCAGAUUUUGGGUAUGGCAGAUAUUGGAAUGUUGCCAAAGUUUUGUGGAGUUAAGUCUAAAUGGUUUGAUACACCUUGGUUUGGUAUUUUGAUUUCUACUUUGAUAACAAUUGGGGUUUCUUAUAUGACUUUCACUGAUAUUAUUUCAUCAGCUAAUUUUUUGUAUAGCUUGGGUAUGCUAUUGGAAUUUGCAUCAUUUCUUUGGUUGAGAUUGAAGAAGCCAAUGUUAGUUAGGCCUUAUAAGGUUCCAAUGAAUUUUCCUUUGUUGGUUGUCAUGUGUUUGGUACCAUCUGGUUUUUUGAUAUACAUAAUGGCUAUUGCUACUAAGACUGUUUUUUUGGUUAGUGGUAUAAUGACAAUAGGUGGGAUUGGUUUUUUCUUCUUUAUUAAACUUUGUAGGAUGAAGAAUUGGGUGAAGUUUGAGAUUAAAGAGCCUGAUGAUGAAGAUUACUUUGAAGGAGAUGUUUUAUGAUUUAAUAAUCAGAAUUGAUGUCUCUUUAGUUUGUAUACUAUCUUGCAAUUGCAUAUAAAUAAAUUAGAGGUAUUCAUCACACAUUGUUUAUUUAUAGCUACAGGUGUAAUGUUUUUCGUUUUACAUAAUUUUUAUUUA